UGCGUCGCGUGCACCAUGCAGCGCAGGUGGAAAGACAGACAGCGAAUGGACAGGCACAUCGCGGCGCCUGCGCGUAAUGACGAGAUUCUGUUUAGAGUUCUACCACAAAUCAACAAGAGGAUCGACAUUAAACUAAGUGAGAUCAUUAAACAAGGGGGAAGAUGAACAAUCGCCUCUCUCAAAUUACAGGAUCAUUUAUGAAAUGGCAACAAAGGAAUGAACAAAAGUCAUGAGUUACAAACUGAAGAAAAGCGAGGGAAAUAAACACAAACUGGGCCGAAAGGAGAGGAAGUGAGAAAGAAAGAGGAAGAGAAACACAUCUACAGACAGAGGGGUUAUUAGAGCAACCGUUCAUCAGUUUACACUGCAGGUUGAGAAACGUCACACUCGUGGGUUUAACCACUAGGCCUACUAUUAUGACAACUCGUGUUAGUGUGCUAUGAACUCAAAUUCUACUGCUAUUAUUUCUACUAUGGCCACCACUACCACUUCAAGAAUGAGUUGUUUGAAACGUCAUAAAAUGUGUCAUCUGUAACUUCUUCUGAUACUGCAAGUCAUUCUAUAGACAGUCUACUGUUCUUCUACAUUUAGAUUUACAUUUAGGUCAUUUAACAGAGGCUCUUAUCCAGAGUAACACAAGUCUUCCAUCCUAAAAAAUACAUUUAAGAAACUUGUUGAGAAAGGGAGUUGACCCGUAUAUUUUCUGAUAAGUGCAGUUUGAAUUGGAAUGCCACGCCUUAUCUCUCCCACCCAGCACUUCUUUCUAGUGAUACAGCUACUUUUCAGCCAGACACUCUCAAAUACUCAAAACAACUAUCAAGAGGGAGAGGGAGAGAGAGAGAGAGAGGGAGAGAGAGAGAGAGAGAGAGAGGGAGGGCGUAUAGAAAAGUAAGACGAGUCAGAGGAUAGAAAAAGGGUCUCUUUGAAUACAGUCACCCACUAACCCCACAUUAAUAAGUCAACAAGAACAGUCCUUUGAGUGACAGUUAAACAGGCAGCCAGCCAGUCAGUCAGUCAGAGCAGGGAGUCAGCCAGGCAGGUAGCUAUCAGUCGGUCAGCCAGCCAGUCAGAGCAGGGAGUCAGUCCAUCUCUCUCUCAGUCGGUCAGCCAGCCAGCCAGUCAUAGCAAGGACUCGGUCAGCCAGGCAGGUAGCUAGCCAGUCAGCCAGCCUGUUAACCAGGGAGGAUGCUGGGAUGCGGUGGGGGUGGAGUGGGGUUGCGGUACAGGCUGACCCUGGCCACAGGGCUGGUGGAGUGUCUGUGUUUUGCCGGCGUGGUCUUCGGCUGGGCAUCGCUGGUCUUCGUCCUGAAGACAGACGGAUACUUCACUGACCUGUGUGUCAAUCUGACUACUGGACCCAACAGUACAGUGGAAACAGACUGUAGUGGACAGGAUGAACAGUUCUCUCUGGUCUUCACCGUCACCUCCUUUAUGAACAACUUCCUCACGCUUCCCAACGGAUUCAUCUUCGACCGCUUCGGCACCAUGGCAACGAGGCUUCUGGGAAUAUGUCUCUACACCACUGGUACACUGAUGGUUUCCUUCUCCAGUUCAGCUCUGUCCAUGCUGCUGUUCCCAGCCCUGUCUUUCAUCGCAGUGGGAGGUAUAUUGUUCCUCAUCACAAACAUACAGGUUGGGAACCUGUUUGGCUCCCAUCGUUCCACCAUCAUCACCCUCUAUAAUGGAGCCUUCGACUCUUCCUCGGCUGUCUUCCUCAUCAUCAAGGUAUCACAGAACUCACACAUACUGGCUUCACCUAUGGGUGAGAACUACAUCCAACUCCUCAGGACGUUCUUCCUCAUGCCCAACACCCACAUUCCCUACCCACUCCCUGAGGGCUUCACCUAUGGCGUAAGCCCUGGAAAGUCCAACAGCUACAACGUAGAGGAGAUUGAGAAGACGCGAGAGACGGGGAUGACAUCGGAGGGGGAGGGGCCAGCUGAGACCGACGACAUGCCCCUACAGCCUGAUGAUGGGCAGCAGUCGGAAGACUCUGGGAAAGUGGCCAGUUUCAGGAGCUGUGUGCAGUCGUGGUUCUUCCUGUGGCAUCUGGUGUGGCUGUCUGUCAUGCAGCUGAGACACUACCUCUUCAUCGGAACACUGAACCCCAUGCUCAACCGGCUGGCCGACAACGACUCAGCCCUGGUGAGUCAGUACACCAAUGCCUUUGCCUUCACCCAGCUGUGUGGGGUCCUCUGUGCUCCCUGGAACGGCCUCAUCAUGGACAGACACAAGGGGAAGCCUCUGGCUCCAGGAGAAACAGAUAAGGAGGCAGACCUGCGCUCUUCCUCUCUCUCCCUCUUCCUCACCUCCCUCCAGUGCCUCCUCUUCUCCAUCUGCGCCUCCUCUCCUCUCCUCCCUCUCCAGUACCUCACCUUCAUCCUGCAGGUCCUCAACCGCUCCUUCCUCUACGGAGGCAACGCAGCCUUCAUCAGCAUCGCUUUUCCUGGGGUCCACUUUGGGAAGCUGUAUGGUUUGGUGAUGUCUCUGUCUGCCGUGGUGUCACUGCUGCAGUACCCCUGUUUCGCCCUGGUCAAAGGAGCCCUAGGUGGAGACCCCUUCUAUGUGAACAUCGCUCUGACUCUCCUCACUCUACUGGCAUUCAUCCAUCCAAUCAACAUCUUCUACCACUGCAGGAAACUGACCAAUCAGAGGGAGGAUAUGGCCGGCGGUGCUGCCAUCACAUUGGCUGAGGCCAAAAUGUAGGGCACAUUACAUGAUGGUCCUGAGCCAAGGGAAACAGGAAUUGUCUUAUUUCUAAUUGUUUAAAGGGAAUAUGUAAAAUAAUAAAACGCUUUUUUAUACUUAUGUUUUACAGUAAUCCCAUAUUCCAUCAGUAUGUUUUGUUGGAUAGUUGUCAAUAAAAAUAAUUAUCCAU